UUUUAUCCCCAUAUCAUGGCCAAUAAGGCGCUGCCCACCCCUGGAACUGCCGGACGCCAUCCAUCCUGGGUAUUUCACCCGCAGCAGCUCUUGCCGCCCCCAGUCAGACUAUACCAUACUGGACCGCCAGCUGAAAGCUUGGGAAGCAUCAAGAGACGGCCUAAUGAUUGCCCGCAUGAAGGAGAAUCUUACGAACGGUCCCCAGGGACUCUUUAAGUCGUCCACUCCCGCCAUUGUUGUGGUGCUUUACUUCUCCUCCGUAGCUUCUUGUUGCCCUGGACCUUUAUGGUAACAACUACCUUUCCUCAACAUCAACUCUUGCAAUAUUGGUGAAAGACCAAGUCCAGCGAAAAUGGCUCGCCUACUACCCCUCUUCUCAACCCUACUGCUUCUCUUGCAGUCCUCUGUGAGGGCUGUUGAGACAGUUACUAUCUCAAGUCUCCUCGACAAUGUUGGCCAUACCUGUGUUAGCAAAUGUCUGUACUACACCAUCUUCUCCGACUUGGGUGGGGCUAUGGGCUGUGAGGACCCCUACGAUAACAACUGCUAUUGCGCAACGGCCUCAGCGUCUGCAUCCGUCGCAGACGGCUGGAUGUCCAAAUGCGCGUCGUCUACCUGUGGAAGGGGCGAUCUCACCCUCGAUCUCAGUUCCAUGCAGUCUAUCUACGCAUCCUACUGCAUGGGCGCCGGAUAUACACAGCCCGGUGCCACAGACUGGUAUAAUCCUGCUGAGGCGACUACAGAAGCGGAGCCUUCCUCUACGGAGAGUAGCGGCAGCGACAAUGCAGAGCCGAGCCGCACGGCUGACUCUGGCUCUGCGGAGACGACGACCCAGGUGACGAUUGUUACCCAAACCACCGAGGGAGGCGCGGGGGCCACCAAGUCGCUGGUAAUCGUUCAAGUAACAUCGACCAUGUAUGUGGACUCGGAUGGCAAUCCCUCGAGCCUUAACAUAAACGAUUCGGGCGACAACUCCGCUGUGAAGAUCGGUGUGGGUGUUGCAGUCCCCGUGGUGGCUAUUCUAGGCGCGGCGCUGGCAUGGUGGUUCUGGAGGAGACGCCGCAAUACGAAGUUUGCUCCGAGCACCCAGCCGUCCGAAGAGAGCGGCACAAAUGGUAUCUCCACUGCACCCCCUCCGAUGAGUGCCGCUCCUGUUGUCCGAAAACCCGUGGGUAGCUCUGUUGUCUCCCCAGUCUCCUCCACCGUCUCUCCUGUCUCGAAAACCACCGAACUCUCUGGCGAUGGCGUCAAGCGCGAGCUUGGCGGCCAAGAAGUCCACCCGCUCCCCAACGUAACACCAAGUCCCCCAGUCGCGGUCCCAGGACACCACGAGGUCAGAGGCGAUACCGCCUGGCGUCCGGAGAUGGGUGGAGAAAGCCCACGCGUGGAGGUUUCUGGAGACAGCCGGCCGCCUGAGUUGCAUGGGCAAUCUCAGAGCCCUCCACCCGUCUACAUGCACGAAUCUCCAUACCAGCCAGCUCAGCGGUGGGAACUACCAGACAACUCACGGCAAUCAUAAGGGGGGGAGGCUUGUGAAGGUGGAUUAAUUAGGUCACUUUUGUUCAUUUAUACUCCCCUUUAACCUUGGCCAACACAGAGUUGGCCCUUUUAUUUUUCCUUGAUAGUACAAGAUCAUCAUGGCGAAUUGGAGUAUGAGCAGAUGUGUCGAUUAUCGAAAGUCAGCUACUUCAUUGUGUUGCGUCUUUUUCAACGACUUUCUUUACUUAUUAGUUACCAUUCUUAAGCAAUCAGCUUUACAUCCCCAAAAAAGUCCAAC